CUGCGUGUUAAAAAACUUACAAAGGACUAGAAUAAAUUGAAAUCACGUAAAAGUAAAACUUACAUAGUUGCGAAAUUAUUAACCUCUUAGUGAAGUUCAGUAAUGUGUUAGUUUGUAUUAUUUUGUGUCAUAAAUCGUGAAAAUGAGUGAACAAGUGGGAUUUGUUGACAUCCUGGAGCCAAGGAGGAAGCCGGGAGGUAUUGUCGGUUUUAUGACCCGGAACUGGUAUCCGCAAGGGACGAUGACUUUAGACAAGAAAUAUUCGCCACAGGAUCUCAAAGAUCUGGUUGCCAAUUCUAUGUACAUGAACUCAAUAUUUGAAUCGAUAUGUUCAAGAACUGGUGCCCCAAAGGAACAACUGCAGAAGCUUGUGAACAAGUUCUUGGAAGAGAUGGGCCUUGAUAAGAAGGUCCAUGUGAUAAGGUGGAUGGGAGUGCUCUUCCUCAAAAUCUGCUUCAUGAUGAAAAUCAAGAUGUUUGUCAAUGAAGCAGCUGUGUUUGAUCUGAAAUCGAUUAUGGGCAAGAAUCCAGUGCUGUUUCUGCCCACUCACAGGAGUUACGCAGAUUUCUGCUUGAUGACGUAUCUGUGUUACCACUUCAACAUUGAUUUCCCAGCUGUGGCUGCUGGCAUGGAUUUCUACUCCAUGGCGGUAAUAGGUCGCCGAAUGAGGGAGACUGGCGCCUUCUACAUCCGUCGUACGCUGGGUGGAGACGCCUUGUAUGCUGUGACUUUGAAACAGUACGUUAAGACUGUAGUGGCUAAACACGCCGCGCCCAUUGAGUUCUUCCUCGAGGGCACCCGCAGCCGAAGCAACAAGAGCAUGCCCCCUAAAUACGGUAUGUUAUCCAUGGCGAUGGUCCCGUUCUUCUCUCAUGAAGUUUCCGACAUCACUAUUGUUCCUGUUAACAUCAGUUAUGACAGGCUCAUGGAGACUUCUCUCUUCGCCUAUGAACAUCUUGGAGUGCCGAAACCUAAGGAGUCCACUGGGGGCUUCUUAAAAGCGCUGCACAAUCUAAACGACCAUUUCGGCAACAUGUACCUCAACGUUGGCGAACCGCUUUCAGCCAGGGAAUUCUAUAAGCAGAAUUCUAACGUAUUGAAUUCUUCAGAGACGUCUAAGCCCAUGGAUCUGCAAGCUGUCACACCGGAACAGUUCAAACAAGUUCAGUCCCUUGCAGACUACGUAAUAACGCUGCAACAAAAGAAUACAGUCGCCACGAUCUCCAACCUCGUUGCACUCGUGCUUAUGCAGAGCCUCAUGAAGAACGAACCCCUAAAACUUGAUGAAGUUUAUACAGAAGUUGAGUGGAUGAUCCAAGAGUUGAGGAUCUUAGGAGCUAAGGUCUUCGAGAAUGAUGUAAAGGGAAGCGUCGACAGGAUCCUGGUGGUGCACCAGAAGAUGAUGAAGUUGGACCAUGAGGGACGGCUUAAAUUGAUCUAUGCGAACCCUACGGAACUGUCUGAUGAAGUCAAAAAGAAGAUGAAAGGUCACAUACUUCACCCUGAGACGAUGGCGACGGCAGUGUCGGUGAUCCAACUCCAAUUGUACGUGAAUCCAGUACUGCACUACCUAGUGCCCCCUGCACUUGUCUACCUGACCGUGCAAAGAGAUCCUAUAACAACGAUUGGGUUGAAGGAGCAGUUCAGGCACCUGAGGAAAAUGCUUAGUCACGAGUUCUUCUACAUAGAGGCAGAGGAGCCCCAAAUAUUCAAAGCGGCUAUUGACUACUGUGUGUAUAACGGCGUCUGUGAGUAUGAUAGCGAGACGGACGUAUUGUCGCUCGGAAAGAAUUCGAAGCGACAGUUUCUGUUGACGUGGACCAUCUGGCCUUUCCUUGCCACUUUGUAUGCCGCUAUUGAAAUUAUGCGACAGCAAAGGGGGCCGAUACUACAGGCUGACGCGGUGAAACUGAUCCAGUGUAAAGUGGAAGAUUGGCAGGGACACCCAUACAGUCUCAGCCUGGAGGCAGCCCGCGGCUGUCUUAGGGGACUCGCUGAUACUGAAAUUCUUAUCAAACACCGAUGGGACGAACUUGCAUAUGAACCGGUACCAAAGAACCUGUUGUUAUCUAAGAUUCUGAUCAGCUCAAUCACACCCUGGCUCGACGUGGACUUCGAUAAUAACAACGUGGUUUUCAAUCAAAGACUUCAGGCCCGACUCUAAGGCGAUUGACGACAAAACGAACCAAAUAAACAAUGGUGAUUCUUUAAAAGAAAUUAACAAUAUGUUUAAUUAACAAUUUUGACAGUUUAAGGGUCAAUUCA